AUGACGAGCAGCUUCAAGCCUUCGUGGGGGUGGGGGGGGUGGGGUGGGGGGGGUGGGGGUGGGGGGGGGGUGGGUGGUGGGGGGGGGUGGGUGGGGGGUGGGGGGUGGGGGUGGGGUGGGGUGGGGGGUGGGGGGGGGUGGGGGGGUGGGGGGGGUGGUGGGGGGGGGGGUGGGGGGGUGGGUGGGGGGGGGUGGGGUGGGGGGUGGGGGGGUGGGGGGUGGGGGUGGGGGUGGGGGGGUGGGGUGUGGGGGGGGGGUGGGGUGGGGGGGGUGGGGGGGGGUGGGGGGUGGGUGGGGUGGGGGGGGUGGGGGGGGGGGGGGGUGGGGUGUGGGGGGUGGGGGGUGGGGGGGUGGGGGGGGGGUGGGGGGGGGGGUGGGGGGGUGGGGGGGGGGGGUGGGGUGGGGGGGGUGGGGGGGUGGGGGGGGGGUGGGGGGGGGUGGGGGGGGGUGGGGGGGGGGGUGUGGGGGUGGGGGGGGGUGGGGGGGGGGGUGGGGUGGUGGGGGGGGGGGUGGGGGGGUGUGGGGGGGGGGGGUGGGGGUGGGGGGGUGGGGGUGGGGGGGGGUGGUGGGGGGGGGGGGGGGGGGGGGGGUGGUGUGGGGGGGGGGUGGUGGGGGUGGGGGGGGGGGGUGGGUGGGGGUGGGGGGGCUCAGCCCAUCAGUGCCAGGGGUAUUGCUACUCAACUCAGAGUCAGUUUUGACUUCGGAAGGGAAACAGAGGGCGUGGAUUUCGCUGCCUUCGAUGACUACAAGAGCGAUGACAGCUUCAUAGAUGGUAGCGAAGCCCGAGUUGUUCGUGAUGUACACAAGGCUCUCAGAUUUGACCCUCGUAAAUAUAAAGUUGUCAAUCCAUGGGACGACCUUCGCUCAAUGGAAUCUAAUUACCGUGACAUCGACCUAGAAGAGAGACGAAGCUGUACUGUCAGCUAUUCGGCUGUACCAAUGAACCAGAACUUGAGGCAAAUGUGCCGGAAAGUCAUUGCCGUGGGACGAAAUUACCUUGAACAUGCCCGUGAACUUGGUAGCCAAAUGGAAGCUGAACCGGUCAUUUUCUUGAAACCAUCCAGCUCCAUUAUCGAACAGGGUCACAAGAUCGAGAUACCUGAGGAUGUUUCGGAGUUACAUCAUGAAGUCGAAUUCGGAAUUGUCAUCGGGAAGGUGAUACGCAAGGCAAAGCCCACAGAUUUCACUGACUGUAUUCUCGGUUUUCUGGCUGCCUUGGACAUGACCGAUCGGGGAUUGCAGAAUCAGCUGAAGUCCCGUCAGUUGCCUUGGACUUUAUCCAAAAGUUUGGACACAUCUUGCCCCGUUGGCCCCAUUCUGCCUUGCAGCUUGCUCCCUCGUGGCGUUUUUGCACCCCGUGUUGCCGGCUCACCCUUGUGUCAGGGUCGGGACGUGGAACUCUGGCUUGAUGUGAAUGGAAAGGAGAGGCAGCGUUCCAGUAUCAACAAAAUGAUCCAUUCCCCCUGUGAUCUCAUCUCCUUUAUUUCGUACAAGAUGAGUUUGGAACCAGGCGAUCUUAUCCUUACUGGAACUCCGGCUGGAGUAGGUCCAGUUGAAUCUGGUGACUUGAUUACAUUCGGACUCGAAGGUUUCUGUCGAGUUGAAUUUCAAGUUGCUUGAGAUUCUAUGAUGUUCCUUGCUCUGUGCCUUACCUUACCCUUCUGUUUCUCUAUUUUCCGCUCCAUUAUUCUGCUUUUAGCCCAGAUUUUUAAAUAUACUUUUAGUUUGAUAAA